GGAAGGUACCAAGGACAGGCUACACACCAGCCGCGUAUUGAUUGAAGCUUGAGAAGCUUAGAAGCUUCCAUCUUCCACUUUUAACAACUGCAUCUUGAACAAACGAAACUACCACAACACCAAUUCCGAAUUAAUCCCUGUCGACACCUCUAGACUGGACUCCUCUUAUUACGACUACACCAAACCAAAAAAAAAGGGAUAUUCGAGAAUAGCAUCAUACCAUGAACGUCGACACUAUCGCCGACUUCCUCGCUGAUCAGCGGGACGAGACCCCGGACGAGCUCCAAUAUCUCAUCAUUCAGUUCGAAAAUUACUGGGAGCGCAAGUUAUGGCACCAACUUACAGAUGCCCUGAUCGAGUUCUUCGCCAACCCCAAGAGCGAACCUCAACGACUAAAGUUCUACAAGGUAUUCAUAUCAAAGUUCGCGGACAGGAUCAACCAACUCAAGCUCGUCGACUUGGGUCUGAAAGCUGCUACUCAAUGUAGAGAUGACCAAGAACGUCUGACUUUCCUCACUUCCCUCGCUAAGAAGGUCGACAACGAAAACUCCCAAGACGCCUUCGUGUAUGCCACCGCCGCUGUCGCCCGUGUCGAGUUGGAUCUACGGGAUCUCGAGGCCUCCCAGAAAAACCUCGAAAAGGCCGAGCGCAUUCUUGACUCUUUCGACAGCGUUGAGACCAAGGUCCACGCUGCCUUCUAUCAUGUCAACGCCAACUACUAUCAAGCCAAGGCCGACUUCGCCUCGUACUACCGCAACGCCCUCCUCUACCUUGCCUGCAUAGACCUAUCGUCGCUAUCCCCCGAAGAACGCAAGGCCCGUGCCUACGACUUGGGUAUCGCCGCCCUUGUUUCCGACUCCAUCUACAAUUUCGGCGAGCUACUACAGCAUCCAAUUUUGGCCGCCUUAACCGGCGAAGUUGCCUGGCUGCAAGAGCUGCUGCUAGCCUUCAACCGGGGAGACCUAGCGGCUUACGAUGUGCUGUCGGGUCAUAUCUCAAGCAAUCCGCUUCUGAAAGAGCACGUCGAGGAUAUCCGCCAGAAGAUCUACCUCGCAGCCUUGACCGAGAGCGUGUUCCGACGGCCGCCGCAUCAACGCGCCAUGAGCUUCGGCACCAUAUCGGCCGAUACCAAGGUGCGCAAGGACGAGAUCGAGCACCUGGUUAUGAAGGCCCUGAGCCUGGGUCUCGUGCGUGGCACCAUCGACGAAGUCGACGAGCUCGUCAACUUCACCUGGGUGCAGCCGCGCAUUCUCGACAUGAGCCAGAUCGCCAGCAUGAACCAACGUCUGGGUGAGUGGGGCGAGAACGUGAACAAGCUGGGCAACUGGAUUGAGGCUACCGGACAGGAUAUCUGGGCUCCUUGAUCUUGCGUGCUGGUUCUUGGGCAAGAGCGGAUGAAUUCAAAUGCUAUGUAAUAGGCAAUGACUCAGGAAAGGGAGAUGCGGUGGGAAAGCGAUAUCCCCUUUUCUGAACUACUCAGGUAGUAACGUCUCUGCAUGCGGUCUGAGCCUUGUAUGAUAGAUACUAAUAGACGACAUACGGUCCGAGUAAGAUGACUGAACGUCUUGCUGUAAUGCAAUUGAAUUCCUUGAGA